GCUUGCAUACUCACCGACACUCAAACUAUGCGCUCAGUUAUGAGGCUUGAUAAUGCGUGACGCGAGUGGAUUCAUGUUUUUCCAUGUGUGACACGAGAACCGAGGAUUCUGCGAACUUAUAAAUUAGAAAGAUAGAAGCUUCACAUUAUAAAUUAUACAUUUUUAAUUUUAUUUAUGCUUGAAAAUGCCAAUAGUUUAAAAGAUAACAAAAUAAAAGAAAUUGACAUAAUUUCAAAGUUAGUUGCUUAUCUUCGCAGAAUAAAUAGUUUACAAGAAUUUGUGCGCAAAAUUUUAGAGCUCGCAAGUUUUUCUAAUAAUUUGAGACCUCCACAUAAAUUUGUUAUUUUGAAGCGUUUAUUUGGAAAUAUAGACGUACUUGGAGGAUAACACAACCGGAUAAACAGAAAUCGGAAACUACCCUUGAAAAGGAAGGAUCCUUCACUGUUAAUCGAAUAAAUAGUUCAGGUUUCAAUGAAACGACAAGACGAUAAUCUCAAAUGAGGUGGCAACGAAAAAGUGGAAGUGUGAUAUAAUGGGACACUCCUGUGCGCUACGAUACGAAGUCGCUGUAGAUAAAUUCGCGAGGAAAGAGCAGUGUAUGCAUAAGCGCAAGCCGACGAGACAGCAGCAGCAUUAUCGUGCAGGACAAGUGUCCGGUGAGUUUCGAGGACGAUGACAGCUCUGUGCAUCGUCUGGGUAAUGCUGUCAACGCUUGCUACAAUACUCGGCUGUACUGGAUUCUAUAUGCCUUAUUGGAUUCAGGGGAAACUCCUCGGCAAAGUGGAUGCUUACUUCAGCUCAUUUCGUCGUUGUAAUUAUCCGAGGUUCCGACCGUCUUACAACACCCCUGAGAUAGUUUACGAGUGCGCUAGGUACUCAAGUUUCUGGGACAUACCGAGCCCAUGGUGGCAGGCCAGCACAGUGACGUUGACGUUCGGUUUGGCUGUCGCGGUCAUCGGCACUCUCACCCUUCUCGCUGCGGCUGUCUCUUUUCUGCCUCACGUUCUCAAAGCACCCAGGCACAUACGUCUGCUCGGAUCUCUCCAGCUUGUCGCUGCUACAAUGAUUUGCAGCGGUCUAGUAAUGUACCCGAUUGGUUUCGACAAUCGUGAAAUACGUGAUUCCUGCGGCAAAAGGGCCGGCGUCUACAGUUUAGGAAAAUGCUCAGUGUCGUGGUCUAGUUAUUUAUUGGUUGGUUCCGUGGCGUUACUUUUACUCUGUUUCGGACUGAGCUUAUGCGCAGCACGACACAAGAUGAACCAAGAGAAAUCAUUGCAUAUUUGACGCUCGAAGAAGUCUAUCGACGGUUACUCAUCGACACGCAAAUGCAAGAAGUAUAACAAUCAACAGGAAGCUUCGACGACGACGAAGCUGUCAAUCGUUACCGUUUGUUGAUUGCAAAAGACUUGUUGUCUCAGUGUUGUUCUUCACUUUAUAAGAACUUGUUAUCUUCGCAAACUUGAGUGAGUGAAUAAUGAAUCAUGGACGACAUUUUUUAAAGUUCAGUUGGUAAUGGUAAUUCGUUAGAUUGAUGCCACCUAAGAAUUACAAUUAUUUGAACAGUAGGCACUUGCAUACAUUUAUAAAGUUCGGAUAACUACAUUCCAACAUUAGCAGUGUAAAUGACUCAUGAAAAUAUUACAAUUUCAAUUAUUAUUUUCAACAAUGACAUUAAAAACACUGCCAAUAUAAAUAUAGUUUAUAUUAUCAUGUUAAUGAUUCGAAUUUUUAUUGCGAUAUGUAAAAGUGAAUGUUUUAUGAAAUUGUCGUAUCGAAAGAUGUUUUAUUUGAUCAAAUUAAAAAAAUUUUGAAUACCAAUAAGAAAAUUGGUUUUUUCAUAAGUUAGCAAAGAGAAAACUUAAUAGUUGCUCGUAAUAUUUCUCACGAAUCGCGCGAGAAUCUAUAAUAAAAAAAAUGAAUAAUGCAUUAGGUUCCGCCA